AGCAGAAUGACGGAGAUGACGAAAGAGCUGACGCCACGCCGCCCACCCGGCAGCCGCCGGUGCCCGCACACACCGCCCCGCCCCGCCCCGCCCCGCCCGCCCCGCCCGCGAGGUCGCCCGCGCGCUCGCGCUCGCGCCGGUCCCGCGGGACACGUCCCGCCCCGGCCCCCCCCGCCCGCGGCCGGAGUUCCCACAGCGCCCGCCCGAGCCCUGUGCCGCCCGCCCUCCUGGUCGCCGAGCCCGUCCAGGCCUUUCGCGAACAUGGCGCUUGUCCCUUGCCAGGUGCUGCGGGUGGCCAUCCUGCUGUCCUACUGCUCUAUCCUGUGCAACUACAAGGCCAUCGAAAUGCCCUCGCACCAGACCUACGGAGGGAGCUGGAAAUUCCUGACUUUCAUUGAUCUGGUUAUCCAAGCUGUCUUUUUUGGCAUCUGUGUGCUGACUGAUCUUUCCAGUCUUCUGACUAGAGGAAGUGGGAGCCAAGAACAAGAGAGGCAGCUCAAGAAGCUCAUCUCUCUCCGGGACUGGAUGCUGGCUGUAUUGGCCUUUCCUGUUGGGAUUUUCGUUGUAGCGGUGUUCUGGAUCAUUUAUGCCUAUGACAGAGAGAUGAUUUACCCGAAGUUGCUUGAUAAUUUUAUCCCAGGGUGGCUGAAUCAUGGAAUGCACACGACGGUUUUGCCCUUUAUAUUAAUUGAGAUGAGGACAUCACACCAUGCGUAUCCCAGCAGGAGCAGCGGACUGGCCGCCAUAUGUACCUUCUCUGUUGGCUAUAUAUUAUGGGUGUGUUGGGUGCAUCACGUAACGGGGAUGUGGGUGUACCCUUUCCUGGAACACAUUGGCCCAGGAGCCAGAAUCCUCUUCUUUGGGUCUACAACCAUCUUAAUGAACUUUUUGUACCUGCUGGGAGAAGUUCUGAACAGCUAUAUCUGGGAUACACAGAGAAGUAUGGAAGAAGAGAAAGAGAAGCCUAAAUUGGAAUGAGAUCUAAGUCUAAAGGGAAGAGCAGGAUGGAGCCACCAAUGAAGACUCAUUACCCCCGGGCGUUGGUAACGCAGGAGAGGAAGCUUCAAAGAAACCAUUGGAAUCCACCUUCACCUCCCUGCCCCAGAGAGAGGGAACACCUUUUAUGCAGAAAUAUAUACAUAAGAAUAAAAUACAGAUAUUUCCAAAAUAA